AUGGGCCCGCCAGAGCUGCUGGAGGCUUCACUGUUAGGGGACAUGAAGCAAGCCGGCUGGGUACUGGAGACAGACGGCAACGCCCACGGUGUUCCAACCUGCACUGGGUGGCUGCCACUGCAUGUGAGCGCGGCCCAGGGCCAUCUGGACAUUGCCAGGGCACUGCUGCGCCGGAAGGCGGAGGUCAACCCACCCUCGGAUUCCCUGAGUGCCAUCUCCCCACUCUCACUGGCAUGCUUGUCUGGUCAAGCUAGCUUGGUGCAGCUGCUCCUCUGCGCAGCUGCCACGAUCGAUGGUCCCGAAGGUCACGGCGGCGCUCCGCUCCUGCAUGCCGCAUACAAGAACUUCGCUUCAAUUUGCGAGAUCUUGCUGGAUUCUGGAGCGAACCCUCAUGUUGCAUUCACAAAGAGUGGUCAUAUUCAGCUUGAGAUCCCUACGGCCAAGACCCCUCUACAUGACGACCACUGGCACAGAAUAUUGUGCGAGCCUAGUCAGGGAGGCUCUUCACUGCAGCAGCUCCGAACGGAGGGGGUCACUGCUUUGCACCUGGCUGCUUGGCAUGGCAGUGCCAGGACCUGCUGGGCCUUGCUUGAAGCCUCCGCGCGGCCGGAUGCAAGGGAUUGCCUUCACCGCUCUGCGCUGAUGCUUUCGGCUGAGCGGGGACAUCUCGAGGUUGUUCGACUUCUGCUGGAGCGGCGAGCGCAUCUGCAUCCUAGCCUCCAUGGCCACACGGCGGCCUCUCUCGCUGCCCGUGCGAAUCAAACCGCCGCUAUCGAGCUGCUGCUAGAGGGCAAGGUGGACGUAGACUACGUCGCCUGGUUCGGAGCGCCUACGAUGCUGCAUAUCGCAGCAUACUGGCGCUACCAGGGCCUCGUGUCGAAGUUGCUGACACUGAAGGCGAGUACGGAAACCCCCCUGGCGCCUGGGGGCCUGCGGCCGCUCAUGGUCGCGGCAGAUCGUGGCUCUCUGGAGGUGUGCCAGCUGCUGCUGGGAUUUUCUGCCGAGGUCGGCGCGCUGGACGACGCAGGUGAAAGCGCUUGGCAGAAGGCGGUCCUUGCCGGCAACCUGAAGAUUGGGCACCUCCUAGCUGCAUGCGGGGCAGCCUCUGCGCUCAAAGUCGGCCCCAGAGUCGAGAAAGACGCUUCCGAGGUCUAG